AUGGGGCGUGGAAAGUUACCGUUGAAAUUGAUACCGAAGGAAAGAGCAAGGAGAAUAACAUUUACAAAGAGAAGAAGUGGUCUAAUCAAGAAAGCUUAUGAGUUAAGCACACUUUGUGAUGUUAAAGUUUGCUUAAUUGUGAAUGACUACACCAACCAACCCUCGGAGCCCGUAGCCACAUGGCCUAAGAAUCCUCGUGAAGUUAGGGCUCUCAUCAAUGAUUACAUAACUGCCAUGACUCUAAAACCAGCCUCCAAAAGGCUUCUAACCAUGGCAGAUUUCUUAAACGACCGUAUCAAGAAAGUCAACGCAGAGACUGAGAAAGUGGGCCACACUCAAAUCUUGACCACUACUACUACUGCAGCCACUACUAAGUGUAAGAGUAUUGCCCUUGGUAAUGGUAGUUAUCAGGAAAAGCUCAUCUUAGGAGAAAGUUACAUUGCUGAGCUCUCUGGGAACCAACUUUCUGAGUUUGCUUCUGAUUUGGAUAACAAAAUUGAACAAGUGAAUGAGAGAAUGAAGCAGUUGAUUCAUAUCUACCAUUAUAAUCAUUUUGGUAUGCAAGAGCCAUUGAAUGGUGGUAGUACUAGUUCUUAUAAUGUGCAGCCUGGCUUUGUUCAAUAUUAUUCUCCUCAUGAUCCUUAUCAGGCUAUGGCAGCAGCUACUCAAAUGUACCACCAGCACCAGCACCAGCACCAGCACCAGCACCAGCUUCAGUUUCCUUAUUACAAUGAUUAUAAAACUCAAGUACCACUGCAGCAGCUGCCUUGGAAUCAUGAUCUGCCGAGCUCUUCUUCCUCAAAGGCUCUAGUUCCCUACAAUCCCAGCUCCCAAACGGUGUCGUUUGAUAAUCAUUAUAACAAUGGCUCCUUCACAAGGCUGUUGACCUCUAAUGAUUAUGCAGCUGAUGAGUACUAUAGCUAUAGUAAUAAUAAUACUAUGUUCAACAACAAUAGUCCUCUUGCGUUGGAAUCUGGAGGAGCACUGCACCAAAAUGACCAGAAUGGAAUGAUGUUGUCUCACACUCCCAUGGCGCUGCAGAACCCACCUUAUGUGAACCAGCCACUGCUGCCAUUGAUGCCCAGCUCGGCUGCCUCUGAAUGGCAUUACAAUCUGGCUGACCCCAUGAUGGGGUUUCUCCAUUCAUGGUGAACAAAUGCUUGCAUGGUAUAGUACUAGGAAAUUUAAUUGUCUUUUUUUUUUUUUUUGUCAGGUAUGUUUAAUUAGCUUUUACUUUGUUUUUUGCUUUUGGUUUGUCAUAUGCUAGUACUAAACUUUUGUUUAAUUAGUUUUUAUUUUCUUGGUUCAUGGCAUGGCCACUGUAUUUAUGUUAAUAUUUUUUAUGGAUUUGAAAUUUCAACUUGCAUCGAUCAUAGAUUCAUAGUUAAAGCAUGUUAUUGGGCUUAAUUAUAUCUCCUUAAAUGGUGAAGUUUAGGCCAAAAUGUUCAUCAAACCACAUAAGUACAUCAUUUAUAGCAGUAACGGCAUCAAGCAAGAGAG